CUAAAGAUUUGAAAGUAGAAGCAAAGCCUGGAUAUGUCGUAAAGGAAAAUCAGUAUUUCUCAUUGGACUGCAGCUUCCAUUCUAACCCAUCCGUCUCUUCACUCACCUGGAUGAAGAAGACCAAUGACGGCAGGAAAAUGACUGUGAGUUCUGAGAGGAAAUAUUCUGUGGAAUCUGCCCGUCCCUCUGACAGUGGAUGGUACAGCUGUUCAGCUACAAAUGAUGUUGGAACAGGAAAAUCCCAGCCUGUACAGAUUACAGUCCAUUAUGCUCCAAAAAAAACGACAAUCAUCAAAGGUGAAGAGCUGUUGCAUGAUGGGAAACGUUUAGUGACUCUGAGCUGCAGCAGUCAGUGCUAUCCUCCUGCAACUUAUGUCUGGUACAAAAAAACAGAAAAUAAAAAAGUCUCCAGUGGAAAUAACUUCAAAGUUUUCUCAGACCAAGCAGGAGAGUACUAUUGUGUUGCUGAAAAUGAGUUUGGUCAAGGAGUCUCUGCACCCAUCAGGCCGUUUGAUAAUCACAUGGCCUCUAAAAUACUUAAAGGAACAUCAGCUGUGAAACUUUUCUUUAUUGGCAUUAUUUUUACCUUUAUAGUGGUUGUAGUUUUUAAUUUGUACAGGAAGAAUACAUUUCUUCAGCAAGGAACCAUGAACACACAAGUCAACAAUGAUUUUGUGGAAGAAGAGGUGGAGAUGGAUAAUGAGAACAUCUCUAAUUUUCAUGCAGCUGAAUAUCAGAAUACACAAAGCUCUGUCUAGGAUGCCACUGCAGAUACUGUGGAGGUCACUUAUGCUCAGGUGAACUUUAAACCAAAGAGCGCCAGGAAGAAACUCGGUAUUCUCAAAUUAAAUUUAAGACCUGAAAAGUUUUUUUGCUGGCGAAGACAAGAGGCUUUACCAGAACUGUUGCAAAAAUCUCUGGAAUUCAUUCAAAUUAUAUAAUAUUUAUUAAAUGUGUAAUGUCUCCCAAAACAACACAUUAAAAUGUUGACCAAGAAAAUGUAAUUAUAUUCUAGAACCCCUUCCAUAAGCCAAGCAAUGCAUUGUGGGAGGUAUGAUUGUAUAGGUUUCCAAAUAUCUGGAAGCUAAAUUUGUCUUUUGUCCUUCAAAUUCAAAAAGCAUUGAGUUAAGAAUCCUUUUGUUUAUUUUAGAAAUUUAAGAGAUAUAAGUGUUAAAUUUCUAGUGUUUCAGAUAUCUGGACCUGUGCCUAAUACCACUGCUGUUAUUUAGUCUGGAUGUCAUUCUGGACGAUCAUUUAGUCAUCAAAUCAACAACAAUAACAACGGUUCUGCACAUUUCUAUUGGUGUAAAAUCCAAUGACCCCACCCUCCCAUCACCUCCCUCCUGGUCACCAGCCACCCUGACUACUGCAGCCCCUCCUCAUCUGCCCUCCCCACAAAAAGCUUUAACUUCUGUAAAGCAUCACCUUUACAGUGAAGGUAGAAGUCUGUUUUCAUUGAAACUGAGCAGCUGUUGAAAUUGUUUGUAUGUCAUGUUGUUGAUGUUGUAUCGUCUUUAACCCUUGUGCUAUCCUAGGCACUUUGACAUUGGGAGUGAGGUCAUUUAGACCCCAAAUUUUCUUCAAUAAUUUGUGAUCUU